AUGAAAAGCUCCCAGCCCAAGAAGGUCCAGUGGUCAAAAGCCUGUGAAGAGGCCUUCGGUGCCCUGCGCGACCACUUAACCCGGGACCCUGUGCUGAGACAGCCAGACUUCACAAAGCCCUUUAUUCUCCAGAAUGACGCCUCCAAGGUGGGGCUGGGAGCCGCGUUGUUCCAAGAGGAGGAGGGGGAAGAGCACCCCAUCUUGUAUCUAAGCCCCUUCAUUGACUUUCUAGGACACAUUAAGCCCCGGCUGGUUGGAGGAGACAGUGCCUGCUCAGGACGUGUGGAGAUAAAACGUGGAAAUACAUGGACCAGAGUCUGUGAUGCACACUUUGAUCUCAAAGUUGCCAACAUUAUCUGUAAUGAACUUGAGUGUGGAAUAGCUGCAUCUAUCCCAGGAGGAGGUCACUUUGGAGAAGGACAAGGGCUGAUCUUGACUGAAGAAUUCCAGUGUGUGGGGAAUGAGUCUCUCCUGUUCUCCUGUCCCAGGAUAUCAGAAGUGAAUCAGACGUGCUCACACACAAAUGAUGCUGGUGUCAUAUGCUCACGGCACACAGGGUUCCGGCUGGUGAACGGCAGCACAGCAUGCUCAGGGACGGUGGAGAUCCAGGUUCUUGGUGCCUGGGGAACCCUCUGUGAUUCACGCUGGCAUUUACCGGACGCCAACGUUCUCUGUCAUCAGCUCGACUGUGGAUUUGCUGUAUUGGCUCCAGGAGAAGCGUAUUUUGGGAAGGGAACUGGCUCUGUCUGGACAGACACAUUUAACUGCAAAGGGACUGAAACCCAUUUGGGACAUUGCCCUGUUACUGCUCUGGGGGCCUCUCAGUGCUCACAUGACAAUGAUGCCAGUGUGGUUUGCUCAGGUGGUUCUGAAUCACUCAGACUGCUGAAUGGAGAGAGCCGGUGUGACAGGAGAGUUGAGAUUUCCCUCCGUGGUGUGUGGAGCAGAGUGCUGGAUGACCAGUGGGACAUGGACGAUGCCAGCAUGGUGUGCAGGGAGCUCCAGUGCGGAGUCGCUGAGACAGCUUAUAACCCCCCUAAGUCUGAGCGAGGAACGGGCCCCGUGGGGCUGAGAAGUGUCCAAUGUGCAGGAAACAAGACUAAUCUGAUGCUCUGCAUCAUCUCCACAUCUGAGGCAGAGCAGGCAGGAAUUGCUGAGGAUGUCGGCGUCGUUUGCUCAGGGAGCAGGCGGAUCAGACUGGUGAAUGGGACAGGUCUCUGUGCCGGGAGAGUGGAGAUUUAUUACAAUGGCAGCUGGGGGACAGUCUGUGAUGAUUCCUGGGAUCUGUCAGACUCCAAUGUCGUUUGCAAACAACUUGGAUGUGGACAUGCCAUCAGUGCAACUGUCUCUGCUCAUGAUGGGCAAGGAUCCGGGCAGAUCUGGCUGGAUGAUGUGAACUGCACUGGGAAUGAAUCCAAUCGUUGGGCGUGUCCUUCCAGGGGGUGGGGCCAGCACAACUGCAGACACAAAGAGGAUGCAGGAGUUCUCUGCUCAGAAUUCACGGAUCUGAGACUGGUGAGUGGCAGUGACUGUGCUGGGCGACUGGAGGUUUUCUACAGUGGGACUUGGGGCAGUGUUUGCAACAGUCCUAUGGAUGCCGUCACCAGGGCACUUAUAUGCAAACACUUGGACUGCGGAGACAGAGGGGCACUUUUGAAAGAGUUUACACAUGGAAGCGGCUCUGGCCCCACCUGGGUGGAUGGUGUUCGGUGCGAUAAGCAGCACAGCUCCCUUUGGCAAUGCCCGUCAGACCCUUGGAAACAACAGUCGUGUAACAGAGUAGAAGAAACCCAUAUUGCUUGUGAAGGAACUAAAGGGAAACCACCUCAGACCCUGUUUACCGAAUGCCCGAACUCUACAAGCUGCACAGACCAGGAGAAGUUACGUGUUGUGGGAGGAGAGGACAGAUGCUCGGGGAGAGUGGAGGUUUGGUACCGUGGCUCCUGGGGAACAGUUUGUGAUGACUCCUGGGACAUGGCGGAUGCUAACAUUGUGUGUAAACAACUGGGCUGUGGAUCUGCUGUAUCUGCCCCGGGGGAGGCUGCAUUCGGCGAGGGGACUGGUCCCAUCUGGGUGGAGACGUUGAAUUGCAGAGGGACAGAGUCAUCUCUCUGGGACUGUUGUUCCAAGCCCUGGGGUGAGAGUAACUGUGACCAUAAGGAAGAUGCUGCUGUGAAUUGCUCAGGAAAUGAGACUCGUCUGACACUCUGUGACAACUCCACGUCUGAGGCAGCCCAGGCAGGAAUUGCUCAGGAUGUCGGUGUUGUUUGCUCAGGGAGCAGAUGGAUCAGACUGGUGAAUGGGGCAGGUCGCUGUGCUGGAAGAGUGGAGAUUUAUUACAGUGGCAGCUGGGGGACGGUCUGUGAUGAUUCCUGGGAUCUGUCAGACUCCAAUAUCGUUUGCAAACAACUGGGAUGUGGACAUGCCAUCAAUGCAACUGUCUCUGCUCAUUAUGGGCAAGGAUCCGGGCAGAUCUGGCUGGAUGUCAUGAACUGCUCUGGGAAUGAAUCCAAUCUCUGGGGGUGUCCUUCCAGGGGCUGGGGCCAGCACAACUGCUUUCAGUUUGAGUCACUUGGGAAACUCUGUCUUGAAGGUGCCGAUGAGCUGAGGCUGGUGGAUGGAGGCAGCCCCUGUGCCGGGAGAGUGGAGGUUAAACACCAGGAUCGGUGGGGAACAGUGUGUGAUGAUGGCUGGGACAUCGCAGAUGCUGGAGUUGUCUGUAAGCAAUUGGGAUGUGGAGCUGCUGUCAGUGUCCAUCUUAAUGCUCAUUUUGGAGCAGGAUUGGGACCAAUUUGGCUGGAUGACGUUUCCUGUGAUGGUACCAAGUCUGCUCUCUGGCACUGUGGGAACAAGGGAUGGGAAGUGCAUAACUGCGGUCACGGAGAGGAUGCUGGAGUGACCUGUUCAGUGGUAGAGAAUGUGGGCACCCCUGAUACAAGGGGACUGCGAGAACUAGGCAAGCUGUGCCCGGAGAUCUGGAGAAAAGGGAUGAUGGAUCCUGGCUACACCGUGAUUUUCUUUGCGGAGGCCCCGGUGCUAUCCCUGGUCACAGUAGGAACCCAGACCCUGAAGGAAGAGGGGCCAGGGGACUCUGGCCUGCGUGCAUGGCUGGAGGCUGCAGAGCAGGCCCACCAGGAGGCCAAAUCAAAUGCCAUGGAUCUCGCUAAAGAGUAUGUGGCCAUCGUAGAUGAGGAGACCCGUUUGCAUAAGCAGCGGGAGGAGUUGGAAAAGAAACGAGCGGUUCUGGAGGCGCCUGUGCGACUGGUCCAGGCGAGGAGACCCCCUACCCCCAGGGGUGCCUAUGAGCUGAGGCUGGCGGAUGGAGGCAGCCCCUGUGCCGGGAGAGUGGAGGUUAAACACCAGGAUCAGUGGGGGACAGUGUGUAGUGAUCGCUGGGACAAGGAAGAUGCUGAGGUGGUUUGUAAGCAAUUGGGAUGUGGAGCUGCUGUCAGUGCCCAUCAUAAUGCUCAUUUUGGACCAGGAUCUGGAAAAAUUUGGCUGGCCAGAGUUGCCUGUGAUGGUACCGAGUCUGCUCUCUGGCACUGCAGGAACAGUGGAUGGGAUAAGAAUUACUGUGGUCAUGUCUGGGAUGCUGGAGUGACCUGUUCAGGACACAUUAAACCUCGUCUGGUUGCAGGGGACAGUGCCUGCUCAGGACGUGUGGAGAUAAUACAUGGAAACACAUGGACCACAGUCUGUGAUGCACACUUUGAUCUCAAAGUUGCCAACGUUAUCUGUAAUGAACUUCAGUGUGGAAUAGCUGCAUCUAUCCCAGGAGGAGCUCACUUUGGAGAAGGACAAGGAAAGAUCUUGACUGAAGAAUUCCAGUGUGUGGGGAAUGAGUCUCUCCUGCUCUCCUGUCCCAGGAAAUCACAAGAAAAUCAGACGUGCUCACACACAAAUGAUGCUAGUGCCAUAUGCUCACGGUACACAGGGUUCCGGCUGGUGAACGGCAGCACAGCGUGCUCAGGGAGGGUGGAGAUCCAGGUUCUUGGUGCCUGGGGAACCCUCUGUGAUUCACGCUGGGAUUUACCGGAUGCCAACGUUCUCUGUCAUCAGCUCGACUGUGGGUUCGCUGUAUCGGCUCCGGGAGGAGGGUGUUUUGGGAAGGGAAAUGGCUCUGUCUGGACAGACACAUAUCACUGCAAAGGGACUGAACCCCAUUUGGGCCAUUGCCCUGUUACUGCCCUGGGAGCCUCUCAGUGCUCACAUGACAAUGAUGCCAGUGUGAUUUGCUCAGGUGGUUCUGAAUCACUCAGACUGCUGAAUGGAGAGAGUCGGUGUGAUGGGAGAGUUGAGAUUUCCCUCCGUGGUGUGUGGAGCAGAGUGCUGGAUGACCAGUGGGACAUGGACGAUGCCAGUGUGGUGUGCAGGGAGCUCCAGUGCGGAGUCGCUGAGAAAGCUUAUAACCCCCCUAAGUCUGAGCGAGGAACGGGCCCUGUGGGGCUGAGAAGUGUCCAGUGUGCAGGAAACGAGACUAAUCUGACGCUCUGCAUCAUCUCCACAUCUGAGGCAGAGCAGGCAGGAAUUGCUGAGGAUGUCGGCGUCGUUUGCUCAGGGAGCAGGCGGAUCAGACUGGUGAAUGGGGCAGGUCGCUGUGCCGGGAGAGUGGAGAUUUAUUACAAUGGCAGCUGGGGGACAGUCUGUGAUGAUUCCUGGGAUCUGUCAGACUCCAAUGUCGUUUGCAAACAACUUGGAUGUGGACAUGCCAUCAAUGCAACUGUCUCUGCUCAUGAUGGGCAAGGAUCCGGGCAGAUCUGGCUGGAUGAUGUGAACUGCACUGGGAACGAAUCCAAUCUCUGGAACUGUCCUUCCGGGGGAUGGGGCCAGCACAACUGCAGACACAAAGAGGAUGUGGGAGUUCUCUGCUCAGAAUUCACGGAUCUGAGACUGGUGAGUGGCAGUGACUGUGCUGGGCGACUGGAGGUUUUCUACAGUGGGACUUGGGGCAGUGUUUGCAACAGUCCUAUGGAUGCCGUCACCAGGGCACUUAUAUGCAAACACUUGGACUGUGGAGACAGAGGGACACUUUUGAAAGACUUUACACAUGGAAGCGGCUCUGGCCCCACCUGUGUGGAUGGUGUUCAGUGCGAGAAGCAGCACAGCUCCCUUUGGCAAUGCCCGUCAGACCCUUGGAAACAACAAUCGUGUAACAGAGUAGAAGAAACCCAUAUUGCUUGUGAAGGAACUAAAGGGAAACCACCUCAGACCCUGUUUACCGAAUGCCCGAACUCUCCAAGCUGCACAGACAGGGAGAAGUUACGUGUCGUGGGAGGAGAGAACGGAUGCUCGGGGAGAGUGGAGGUUUGGUACCGUGGCUCCUGGGGAACAGUUUGUGAUGACUCCUGGGACAUGGCGGAUGCUAACGUUGUGUGUAAACAACUGGGCUGUGGAACUGCUGUAUCUGCCCCGGGCGAGGCUGCAUUCGGUGAGGGGAAUGGUUCCAUCUGGGUGGAGAAGGUGAACUGCAGAGGGACAGAGUCAUCUCUCUGGGACUGUUGUUCCAAGCCCUGGGGUGAGAGCAACUGUGACCAUAAGGAGGAUGCUGCUGUGAAUUGCUCAGGUCUGACACAGACGACAGAUUCACCAAAUACUCCAGCUCCCCCGCGUCGCCCUCUGACUGACAGUGGGAGAGUCACGGUGCCCAUGGUCGUCUGCAUUAUCCUGGGGGCGCUGCUCUGCCUGGUCUUAAUCAUCCUGGGGGCGCAGGUGCGAAGUGCCAGGGCACAGCGCAGAGGUUCCAGAAGACCCUUGGAUCCCUUCUCUGAGGCCGUGUACGAGGAGAUUGACUAUAAUCUGAUGAGAGAGAAGCAGGAGAUGUUCAGUCGCUCAGUCUCCUAUUCAGAUGACUCAGUGACGAAGCUGAAGUAUUACACUGGGGACAGUGAGGGGGAAAACGAUCCUGGAUCAGAACAAGAGGGAGCUUCCCCGGAGGGGUCUCAGUUGGAUUACGAUAACGUAGAGGAGCCUGCCUUGAACGACGUCCCCCAGACUCCAGAUGGCCGAGAUGCCCCUGCCCUGCCUGGAGAUGUCACAGGGGAUGGUUAUGAUGAUGCCAGAGAAGUGUCUGACCCUGAAGGUGGCCCUGCUUUGGGGCAGAAUGAUGAGGAAGGCACUGGGGCGAAUGACAGGGAUUCCCAGACAGCGGCGUGCACUCUGCGGCCAUAUUUACUGGAAAGGCCCGAGCCCUCCUCCGACGCCAAGGACGGCGAUCUAGAGGGCCACGGCGGUGCCGUUGGGCGGUGCCGUUCCGGAGUCGGGGAGCGGUGCCUUCUGGAACGGGACCAUGAGAGGCGCUGUGCAGACCUGGACCUGGACCUGGACCGGUACCGUCGAUCCCGGGACCGGGAACGGCUGCGGGAGCGCGGUCUCGGGAACCUCGUGGCCGACGCGUCCCGGUACCUGCUCGAGCCGGGCUGCUGGGACGGUGCCUCGCUCGCGUCGGGGCCUGACUGUUUGGCGGCCCGUUGCGCGGCGGGAAGCCGGGAGUCCACCGAGGCGGAGCUCGACCGAGACCGGCACCGUGUUCGGUGCCGAGAUGGCGACCGCGACGGGCGCAUCAUCGCCGGCUUGCCCUUGGAUGGCAGUCGCGGCGGAAUGUCUUUAGCGCGGAGGUUACUUUCGGUGGACAAUUCAAUGAGCUUCCUGCUUCCCUCGGCCCGGAAGCAGGAAGCUGCCGGGGAGAGGAGAUCUGCCCGCCAGCUGUGGAGCGCUCGGCCGCCGAGCCCUGAGCCGCCGCAGGAGGCGGCCGCGGCUGCGAUGUUGGGGCCGUGCUGA